AUGGCUCGCUCAACAUUUGUUGUGUUCUUCAUCACUCUCGCAAUGGUAUCUGCCUCUGUUUUGGCUCAAUCUCCAUCAUCGGCGCCGACCGGGUCGCCUACCAAGUCUCCGCCCGCAGCUUCAUCUCCGCCUCCAGCUGCUGCUACUCCUCCACCCAAGGCUUCGGCUCCGGCUCCCACGCCUACUUCCACGGCUUCUCCGCCAGCCUCCUCUCCUGCCUCGGCUCCAUCAAUCUCGACACCACCGACCUCAUCUCCAACGAGCUCUCCUCCAGCUCCACCUACACCUACACCUGGCCCUUCUGCUGCAGUUCCUCCCCCUCCUUCCAUCGCCAGUCCUCCGGCUGAGGCACCGCAACCACCAUCCAACGGUCACAGAAUCGCUGCUGCUGCUGGAUCUAUUAGUGUGAUCGAUCGAUAUGAUAUGGCGGAGAGUACAGUUAUCAUUGGUGAUAGCAAUGGACAGUGA